AUGGUGGUUUUUACUUGCUCUAAUUGUGGGGACUCAGUUAAGAAAACAGCAGUGGCGAAACAUAAGCAAACCAAAUGCAAGAUUAAGAAUUUAAGUCUAACUUGCAUGGAUUGUCUUAAAGAUUUCAAGGGUAAUGAGGUUGAAUCUCAUACCAAAUGCGUGACGGAGAACGAAAGAUACUCCGCGAAGGGAAGUAAAGCCAAGACCACUGAUAACAAAGGUGAUCUGAAGCAGCAGGUAUGGCAUGAGUGUAUGCAAACGGUGUUAAAAAAAUCUACACUGAAACCAGAUGAGAGAGACUUUAUUAAGGUCAUUAGUAAAUAUAAUAACGUUCCUAGAAAAAAGGUUAAAUUCGUUAAUUUUGUGACUAACGCUUUUAGGCAAUAUGCCACUAAAAAUGACUUAAUUGAUAGAGUAUGGGAAGAAAUUCAAGUUGUUUUUACGGAAGUUUCAAAGGCUGCUGAAGCUAAUAAAGAGCAAAAACAACUUACAAGUAAGCAAGUAACUAAACCUGUAAAACAAGACUCUAAUGAGCAAAAACAAUCCAAACAAGAUCCCAAGCAAGAUCCAAAACAAUCCAAACAGUCCAAGAAUGAAUCUAAGCAAAAGGGAGAAGAUGGGAAGCAAGUCAAGCAAUCUAAAUCUGAUUCUAAACAGCAAAAACCAUCUAAAGAUGAGGUAACACAACAAAAGGAGAAAAAGGGAGAUUCCAAGGAGAAAAAACCAUCAAAGGGAGAAGUCAAGCAACAAAAGGGAGAUAAGGAGAAAAAACCGAAGAAGUCCGAAAACAAGGAGAACAUUGCGGAGAAACAAGAGUCGCCGAAAACCGCGUCAAAGCAAGCAGUCAAACCCCCCAAGAGUAAUAAUAAUCAGCAGGGUGAAGGUGAAAAAGCCGCUUCAAAGCCCAAAAAGGUGAAAACGGACGCCGCGUCGAGCCAGGAAAAUUUCGAUUGGAAAGCGACAAUUAUGAACGUUUUGCAACAGGACGCUAAAGAUAGCCGAAUUCAACUUCAAAAACUACAAAAAAAAGUACUCAAACUUCAUAGUCAAGCAAUGAAUUGCGAAAAUUCAGACAAAAAGAAAAGUAAAUUUAUGCAAAAGUUAAAAGAAAUACCGAGUAUCGUGAUGGAUAACGAUUUUGUUGUACUUAAGUCGUAA